AUGACUCCUUCACCCUUAGAUUGCAAGACUAAGGCAAACGAGGCAGAACCUCGGUGGCGUGAUAGGCUGGUUCUCACUAGGGUCAGUCCUAUCACAAAAUUGGAGUUUCUAACCUCACUCUGCUUGCUAUUCUAUCACUCAGGGAUCCAGAAUGGAGCAACUGGGGGUGAUGCGGAAGCCACCAGGGUGGGGCUGGUAAGAUAUGAUAUCAAGCGGUCUAGAAUAGAAUUGAAAGCUCAAAAGGGAAGUGAAGGAUCAGUUCCUCCCAUGCAAUGUGGCAUGGCUCGCUCGUAUCGGAUCGACGAAGACCCGACAGUUGUUCACAAGUACCCCUUACUCCACUCCAAGUUUCAAGAUCUCGACUCACAGGAGAGGAAAGGGGAAAGUCUUUUUCUUAGUUGCGUUCAUGCCCUGUGGGAAACUAGCAACUGA